AACAACGAUUAUGUUAUGUCCGGAAGUCCUAACGCCGUCUGUGACGCCACUGGAGUCUGGCUCCCGGUCUCUGGGUCUGUACCGGAAUGUAGUUCAUCAUACCUCAAAGACGUCUGGUUCAUACUGGUUCUAUCGUUGUUGGGGUUCAUCGCCAUAGUGAUCAUUCUGCUCCUGCUGAUUCUCUGUUGCAGAUUUUGUUGUAUUCGAAAUCGUGUCGAUGAUGAAGAGAGUGAGGCGGGCGGAAGAGGAUGCUGCCCGUGCUGCAGAUCGUCGUCAGAGGAAGAGGAAGAAGAAAAGCCAAAACCGCGGAUGAAACCUCUCACAACAGCAAAGAAAUCUCCGAAUAAUAAAAUAAAUAAACCCGUCACGAAAAAUAAAAUAACGAAAAAGAAAGUUGUGUCUAAAAAAGGGAAAAUAAUGAGGUCAAAGAAAGGGGUAAAAACUCUUAAGAAGGGGAAAGAAAAAGCUACAGUGAAAACAAAGGAAGACAGACCACUUAACUCCCGUGAAGCAAAGAGCGUUACGGAGUGGAAGCCAUUUGCUAAACCCGUGAGAAAUAUAAACACAAGUACCAAAUAG